GCUCUGUGUUCAGUCUUCUGUUGAACACUCCCGCCAGCGUGUCUAAUUUACAGAUAUUCCACGAAGAGAGACGAAGAUAGAAAGCGGAGAGGGAAAAAGAAAAAGAGCAAAGAAAAGAAGAAAAAGUCGAACUGUUCAGAUUUUUGUUAUUGUUGUUGCUCAGAAUCGGUACAGCAUUACCGAUACAAUAGAAUAGCCUGUAUGAAGUCCCCCUCCCCGUCUAUUUUUUAUCUUUCUCUCUACUUCGCGACGUUAGAAAAAAAUCGUAAAAAAAGGGGAAAAAGAGAGAGAGGAUUCGAGAAUCAGGAAAAUAAGAAAUUAAAAGAGUGUCGAGUGCCUCCAUGUUUUAACACAACGUGAGAAUGUGUCUCGCUGGAAGUGAAGAGCAAUAUGAAGGGUAUGCGUUAAUGCAAACCUGUUUAUAGGAUCACUGGCUUGGAUUCUGUCAUAGAUUCGGACUUCAUGUGUACAUGGAACUCAUUCGAGACAUGAUACGCCACAUCGUCACCGUCAGACUCGCCCCGAGCACACGCCUCAAGCGACCGAACUCGCCGGCCGCGAAGAGUCUGCCUUCGAUGUGCGACAGGUUGCCAGCCAUGAUCUCCCUCCGAAUGCUGUUAGUGUUGGCAACGCCGAUAUUCUUAGUCCUCAUCGCUCUGAAUCUUUCUCCUCCUUCUCCUUCGCUUCCUUUCCCCCCUCAUCCCGUUUCCGAGAGUGAGAGGAGGGACCUAAAGAAGGAAGAGGGGAAGGGUCAAGACCUUUCAGGGAGGUCACAGGAGGUCAGGUGGACGAGAGGAGAGCGACCUUGGAGACAGGUCGUGGCUUCGUGGGACAAAAAGUUCAAGGUACCUUCCAGAGCAGAAGGUCCGGUCUUAAACCCAUACCCAGACCAAGUGACGUUUUUAGUGAAUGAGGAGAAAGCGUGUAAGGACACCCCUUUGGCACUGGCACUGGUGGUCACUGCCCCUUCGAAUGCCAAGAAAAGGCACUUCAUUCGGAAUACAUGGGGUCAUCCUGCCUUGGUCGAGGUCACGGGGAUUCGACCAAUCUUCAUUGUGGGUCAGACGGCGGAUCCUGCGGCACAGGCCUCGCUUUCGCACGAGACGUCCCAAUAUCACGACGUCAUCCAGGCCAACUUCCGUGACUCUUACCAGAACCUCACCUACAAAACGACUGCUUUGCUCACCUGGGCGUCGACUUACUGCCCCUCCACACCCAUCGUCCUAAAAAUCGACGAUGAUGUGAUACCCAAUCCCAUAGCCUUGCAAAAAUGGCUCAUCAACUUCCUCGAAUCGAAUCCCCAUCCUAGUGAAAUCCUGGGGAAGGAAAGGUGCUGUGAUCCUGUGCUUCGUUCGGGAAAGUGGGGUGUCUCGAAUGAGGAUUAUCCUGGGAAUUCUUAUCCUCCAUACGUGGCUGGUCCUUCUUAUAUGGUGCCGAUGCCCGUUGUGUCUGCGCUGCUACACGCUGUUAGGAGGACGCAAUUUUUAUUUUUGGAAGACGUUUAUACAACCGGACUCGCCGCCAAGAAAGGAAGCAUCUCUCACUACAACAUAUUCACUCUUACGAACUCCCUACCCAAUAAAAUUGACGUACUCUGGUGCUCGGGAGCAAGAGUAUUUCAAGAGAACGUUGGUCUAAAAGAAGCAACGAGAGGCUGGAACAAGAUUCGCGAGUUGGAAGGCAUCACUGAGCCUCCAGAAUACAUAUUCACUCCCUGACAUUCAACCGUUAUUAUUACUCCUCUUUUCCCUUCUUGAUCUGAGUUUACGUUAAUAACCAUAUAUUGCAUAUUCUGGAUUUUUUUUUUUUUUUUUUUUCUUUAGCAUGUCUUUGGAAAUUGUCUUUCGCAAUUUGUUUAGGAUUUAUCUGUUUGUUUCAUCCCUGCCACACACAUACACACAUUAGGUUACAUUUUACUUUAUUUACUUUCUCUUAGUUCAAACUGGUAUCUCAGUCACUUCUUGUUGCUUCACAUAAUUUGUGAUAUAAAAUGGUAUGGUAUAUCAAGUUCAUGACAUGAGGUGUCCUUUAAACGACUCAUUUCUAAUUACAAUACGUUGUGGAUUAUUGUUAUAUUAUAUAUGCUUUAUGCUUAUAUCAUAACGUGUAACUCCCUAAAAUAAAAAAAGGAGGAGGGGACCAAGGGAAAAAUGGAGAUAUGCAUGUUGUAUAGAAUAAUGUAAAUGUGAAUAUGUAAUAAAAUAUUUGUACCGACAAGUC